AAAUUGCGUUAAUCUAUAAAUAUUUGUCAUAGAUUACUUCACAGAGAAAAAAAAAAGGUUGGCUUCCUUCUCUCUUUCUUGGUGUGUAAGUUCAUUGUUUCUCUGUUUCUUCUCUUCCGUUUUGCUAACUUGCUAAUUUUGUGAUAAUCUUUAUGAAUUAUUUUUUCAGGAAACAUGGCUCAAGUGUGUCACACAUGUAGACAUGUAAAAGCCGUGAUCCGUUGUGUUACAGAAACUCUUAACUACUGCCUUACAUGUGACUACUUGCACCAUUGUAAUAACUUACAUGCAGGACACGUACGUUACCAACUUUGCGAUAACUGCACGAUAAAUCCAUCUAUACUUCUCUGUUACGAAGACGGGAAGGCUCUUUGUCAAUCUUGUUAUUCAACACAUUACAAUUGUGCCCCUAAUGGCCAUCACAUUCAAAUCGUCAGACGCAUACAAUACCCUAACAACAAUACUCAACACCAUGAUCAUGCACAUAUGCCUCAUGUGGUUGACCAUAACAAUAAUAAUAAUCGUCAGCAGCAUCAUCAGGAGCAUGUGCAACAUGAGGGUGGUCACCAGCAGAGAAGAGCAGGGAUGUUUGAGAGGAGCUGCCAUGGGGAUAACAAUUGCGAGAGAUGGAUGUUUGCAAUGGGAUGUGAGUUGUGCUUAGCUUCGAGUUCAAAUGCUGUUGUUUAUUGUUCUGCACACAACAAGCUUCUAUGCGAUGAUUGCGACCGGAUGACUCACAUUCAAGAGGCCACGGUACCGCCGCAUUCAAGGUGUAAGCUUUGCGUAAACUGCAAGAGACCUUCUAGCAAAUUUCUCAUUGGCGGCUAUCAUUUUAAUUUCCCACGGGUUCAUCCUCCGGCGGCCGAGGAGAUUCCAGCGUCGCCCCCUAGAGAACUCCCUCAACAAGAUAUUAAUGGAUUUCAAGAUGAUGAUGAUGACUUUUCUUGGUUUGGUAUGUGAAUAGUAAUCGUGUUCUUUAGCUUUUAUUUUAUUUUAUUUAUGUGUUUUGUUUAGAGUUUUCGUGGGGGUUUAAUUCUAGGUGUAUUAUCGCUUUUAGAUAGGCGAUACGAGUGAUUAAACCUACAAGGAACACAAUUAAGUGCUGUGUAUGGACAUGAAAUCUUUCCUUAUAUGCAACUUUUUAUUUAUGGAAA